AUGGUCAUUAUUUCCCUCAUUGUGUUGUUUUUUCUCAUCACUACUGCCGUAUCACAUGAGUCUGACUAUCUUACUGCCAAACUGGAUCACUUAACCGAGAACGCCGAGCAACUUACACGGGAUUUUCUCGUCUCUCAACGUAAAUUCAGAUCGAAGAUGCGUUCCCGUCUAAUCAUUCUUCUUCUCGAGCUGAUUUCAACCGAGGUGGAGCUACGUCGACUCGGAAAUCCGGAACUUCUAGAGAAGUUCGAUAGCAUCACUCUGCUCCUACAGAAGGGAAUGCGUGUUAACUAUCCGAAGCUAAGACAACGAAUUUCACUACUUCUCACUCAGUUUAUCGGUUCUACUUUUGCGCCAUUCACUAUAAUGCAAGCUCCGUCAGCGAACGAAGUAGAGCAGGCACUAUUUCCCUUUGAAGCCGUCCCUCAGGGGCGUAACACUUUAAACUUGUCGAUGUUUAACAGGCCGUCGACAAAUCCAGAAGGUUCUCCAGAUAUUGAAACCAGCUCCAACGUACCUCCACCAGAACGCAUCCUUGCAACACGAGAAGCUUCUCGAGAUCCACAACUCUCCUACUUAUCUAUGGAGCUAUAUCCACAAGAUUACGAGUCCUCCUUGACCAGUAAUUAUAAACCAGCUCAACAACGACUACAACUACUUCAGCGUCAAGAACAACUGGCGUCACAGUUGCGUUUGCAACAGCUUCCCCAACAACGACAGUCGUACUAUUGGCUGUCUUACCCUUACUAG